AUGUCUAUGUCCUCUAGAGUAUUCAUGGCUUCCUGGGAUCCUUGUGGUGCUUUCCUUAGGCGGCCAUGUUUCCUCCCUAUGGAUGACGCUUUCGAUCCGGUUUUCCCCCCUUUGGUCUUGCGCUCCUUUAUUGCUACGCUCGUUGUUGUCUUCGUUGUACUAUUAUUCGGCCCUCUAUUACUAGGGCCUGUUUCCUCGUCGUCCUACAGUAUAGGGCCGCUACCCCCGGAGCUACCUCCACUCGAGUCUGUUAACUCCUAUGAUGUUCCCCACGAACUGGUGGAGGAGACCUCGAGAUGGCUUAGUGGCAUUUUCACGCUAAAGUAUGCCGGCAUAGGAUGGUAUCUACCUCUCUGCUUAGCUGACUGGUUGACGCGUUCUACCUCUACCUUUCUCAUCUCCCGGUCGCAAUCCUAUAGGACUCCUCUUGCGAUCGCCUCAUUUGCUAUGAUUGGCGACACAAACUCGACGAUAAGCGAGCCGCUCUUCUUCCCUGCCGGGAUCUUAAGCCAGCUGAUUCUCGUAAUUUCGCUCCCGUCUUUCUCCCCUCCCCAGUUAUACACAUUCGCCGCCAGCAUCUUCUUUAUGAUCUGGUCCUAUACUGGUCUCAGAUCGUCCGUCGCCUUAUUAAUGCCUAGCGAGCCCCACUUGUCUCUAUAUAUUCUCAUGAUCUUAGCCUCCUUUGCAUUCCGCAUCGUGAAGCGGAGAUCGCCCAAUCUUAACUGGCGCGAUGCUAGGAUCAUGACAGCAGCUAGGGCGGAAACGGGGUCUCUCGAGUUCGUUGCCGCCUUGGCCCUGGCCUGA